AUGUCCCCUCUUGAUACAGAGCUCAACAAUACUCUGGGUUGCAGUUUCAUCGGCAUACUGUUCGGUAUAUUGCUGUACGGACUCACGAGCGCCCAGACAUUGUAUUACUUCCAGAGGUAUCCUAUAGAUGGUGUAAGAUUGAAGUUAUUUGUUGUCACCUUGUGGCUCUUGGACACAAGUAGAACGAUUCUUGGAUCAUGGUGUAACUGGACCUGGGUUAUCACAAAUCAUGCAAAUUUGUUAGCGCUCUUCAAAAUCCCCCGCUGCGGCCAGGCCGACUUCUUCAUCGAGGGUUUGACCGUUUUUAUCGUGCAAAUAUCAAGUUCACGGAUCGCGACGACACUUGGCAGCUACUUCGUCCGUUGUAUAUGGAGAACGGUGGAGCACAAAUGGUAUCAGUUGCCACUUGCGGCGAUCGUGGUGGGUGUGAAGAUUUAUGCGGCUGGAAAGCUUGACCGUUGGUUUACACAGGGCCUGAUCUGUCUCGGUGCCUUUGGUGAUCUAUUUUCCGUCUCAAAUGCAGAGCUAUACUCAUUUGUGAAUUUCGGCAAUUUUGGUGCAGUCUUCGGGAUCGUCACCAUUUACAACAUGAACAGGACUUUGGACAUGACCAUCGCUCUACAGGAAUCCACGGCAUCGGGUUGCGCCCACGUUCUGAUGGCUGGAGUAGCAGAUAUCUACAUCGCUAUUUCACUGGUUGUAAUCCUUCGUCGACAGAGAACCGGAUUCCAUAGGACUGAGAAUACGCACAGGACAAAUCAUCUAGUCACUGGGCUCAUGCUCUACACGAUACAUCGAGGAAUUAUCGUUGCGUACGUUAACGUGUUGAGUGUUGCGCAAUUACUUGAAUUUUCACUCUUCGUCGGGACUCUACAUGCAAACCCAUUCAAACUGUACUGGUUGAUCUUCCACUAUCCGGGCAGCAAGUUAUAUGUCAACUCUCUCCUUGCACUACUCAAUCUACGCGAUCACCUUAGGGGUGGUAGCCUUAUAGCACACGCUGAAGACAACGUCUUGCUCAGCAUACAGGGAGAGAAAAAGGAGUCCGAUCGACAUGUGGCAUACCCGCUGACAGUUCGGUCACCUCCUGGCGAGCUUGAUGACAUCGCAUAUUAG